AUGACCAAGCACGACCGUUUUCACAUCAGCGACGAAGUAGCCCAGCAGACCGAACAGAAUCUCUAUGAUCUGGGACUUUUGAGUCGCCCGAGAGACAAAUCCCGUGGCACUGGAACUCAACCCUCCACAAGUCUACAACAAGAGAACGCUGCUCGUCGUCGUGGAGGCAUUGGGUCUUCCUCAAACACCCAGUCGCACGCGACCUCCGAGCAAUCCUCCUCACGAAAUUACAACGGUCCAUACAAACCACAGCAGCAUCGAAAGAAACCAGUCGCAUAUCAGACCACCAAAGAUCAGCGCCUUCCGAAUUCACCGUCCGUGGGUCACGUACCCGGGGCUGGCCAUCCCAUGGCGAGUAUGUUGGACAAUGACCGAUCGAGGUCCAGGAGGGAGAGAACGUUCGUGGGAAGCGAAUGCGCAGCAUGUGAAGAGUUGCUUGAGCACACACUGAGAGGAGAGCGAGUGUUACAAUUCUCUUGUGGACAUGUGGCUCAUGAGGCAUGCUUCUACGAGUACAUCAAGGAAGUUGAUGCGCAGUCGCAAUAUUGCCCGACCUGCGACGCUCCCCUGGGUCUUGACACCUUCCGGGGCGGAAGCAUACUCGAUCUCAGCAAACUGAGCAAUAUAGUGCGAUCCGUUGCACAGAAGGAGAUGAGAGAUGAUAGGUCGCUCAACACACCAAUGCCAUGGGACCGCCAAGCGCCAACACAACAGCCACAGCAGCAACAGCCACCGCAAGAUGAUUCGUAUAGUACUCAUACUUACUCUAAUUCCCGAGACAUGUACAGCCGCAACAGCAGGGAGAACCCGAACCGCGACAGUCGCGACAGCCAACGGUUGCGCAUUGAGAGGUUAGGGAUUGGGCAUGGGCAUCAGACUUCAGCACAUUCACGAAACAACAGUGGCAAUGCUUCAUCUAAUGACUAUGCGCAUGAAGCAAACGGACACCCACGAAAACACGACUACGACUUGCAUGCGAUGGAGACUAGUGUGAAAGGUUCGGUAACCAAGGACAGUCGCUCCUCCAUUCCGGCCCCAACGAUCACUGUUCGCAGUGAGUUUCCGACUAUGACGCGUUCCAGACAACAACAGAGUCUUGCUUGUCUUGUCACCAUUGAGGUCCCAGAGCACAAAUGGCAAUUCGAUGAUCUCCACAACGCGCCACCCGUUCCGCCGCUGCCAUCAGACUCAGCCGCAGUGCGGGUCUCCGAUCAGUCUGUGCGACCUGAGCCCGUCCAACCAUUCGAGCCAUUCGAGUCGCCGGAAGAGCUGGAGGAGACCACCGAGGAACUACGUAUGCGAGUCGAUAACUGGCACGGACUGGAAUUCCAACGAUUCGGUUCACUACGCCUGCAUGGCACUGUGCGCGUUGGCAAGGAUCGACAAUCAUGGCAGGAACUGGAAUGCUACCUCUUUGGCGAAAUGCUUAUCUGCGUCAAGGAGAAGAAGACAAAUCAGCCACCUAUCGUCAGUGACUCUGGCCGCAAAUUGUCGAGAUGCACUCUGAAAGGCUCCAUCCUCAUCAAAAAGCAUCUCAAGCAAGUCCAGCCUGUCUUGUCAGAACAGAUCUUGACACUCAAUUUGUCCGUCAACGAGCUCCCAACCUUCCACUUGCAGUUCCAGGAUCUCGGCCAGCUGGAAUUGUGGCACCGAGCCCUGCUUGAUCUGCACAGCCCGCCGCAGACCUACCGGAUACCAGACUAUGACCUGGACAACUCGGGCACAGAUGACGAGGAGUAUGGCCGCUAUUCACGUGGUGUCGGUCGAGCCAACUCGACGGCUUCGUCGUAUGGCAAUCCCAAAUCUGCCACAACUGCUCCGACGGAGUACUCUUCACAUCGGCCUCUCAGCGAUCGCCGGAUACCGUCCUCGCCACACGUUCCUGUGGAUGUCGUGGUUGUGGUCCCUGUCUCAUCCUCUAUGCAGGGCCUAAAGAUCCAGCUGCUGAAAGACGCUCUUCGUUUCAUGGUGUCCAGCCUCGGCGAUCGGGAUCGCAUGGGUCUUGUAACAUUCGGCUCGAGCGGCGGUGGUGUGCCCCUUGUUGGCAUGACCACCAAGACUUGGCCUGGCUGGAACAAGAUCCUGAACCAGAUCAGGCCAGUCGGCCAGAAGAGUCUAAGAGCUGAUGUUGUGGAAGGAGCGAACGUGGCCAUGGACCUGCUUAUGCAACGGAGGGCUGCUAACCCAAUUUCCUCGAUUCUGCUAGUCAGCGAUUCGUCUGCUCCGGAUAUCGAAAGCGUCGAUUUCGUGGUUCAGAGAGCUGAAGCUGCUAAAGUUGGCAUCUACUCUUUCGGCCUCGGUACAUCGCAUCGACCCGAAAGCAUGAUUGAGCUAUCAACCCGCACCAAGGGCUCUUACAUCUACGUCAAAGAUUGGAUGAUGCUUCGAGAGUGUGCUGCUGGCGUCCUCGGCGCAUUGCAGUCUACUUCGCACCAGAACGUCAAAGUCCGCCUGAAGCUACCCGAGGGCUCGCCAGCCAAAUUCGUCAAAGCUUGCCUCGGCGAUCUUCACUUCGGCGACAAACGUGAUAUUCUUGUCCAACUAGCGAUCGAAGCCGACAGCACUUCCUACGAGCAGGCUCCGCAGGAUGCUUGGGAGUCUAUCGUUUCUGGACUCGAAGCCUUGGGCGGCGCUGCAGACAACGAUGACUCACGCGUCCAAAGUGUUGAGGAGUUGCCGAUUCUGCAAGCUGAUCUGUCGUAUGGCGACAUCUUGAAGGAUGGAUCGGUGGUCAACCUCUCGCGACCUUCUCUACUCGCCAUCACAAUGCUACCGGCGUCCUCGAGAUCACCGCAGCCCGGUCGGCCGCCAACGCCACCCAUACCAUCGCAUCCUCAUGUUGUGCAAAGGCGCAUGGAGUUGCUGACUUCAGAUAUGCUGAGUCGAGCACUCACACUCGUUGCUCGCGGACCUCCAGACCGGGCGCAUCACUUGCUCAAGGAAACCCAGACCAUUCUCAAAGGUCUCGGCAAGGGUGGACUUCCACCUCUACCUCCACACAACGGACAGAACGGCAGCAAAAGACACAGUCCAUCAGACCUUAAGCCUCCUGGCAUCAACAAUGGAUCGCGAGACGGCACUCCAGACCGCCACUUGCGCGAUGCAAGCCCUCACUCCGAGUCCAGCACACCAAUUGCCCGUGCUUCCGGCAUUGACGCUCAGACAAUGAGCGCACUUGAUGCUGAACUCGAGGCUAGCCUGGAGUGGAUCAACCAUCCUGCCGUCUUCUCGCGGGACUCCCGCAAGGCUGUGCUUCAAGCUAUCGGCGUGAUCUCAAGUCAACGCGCUUUCACAUAUCGAUCAGCGUCAGAGGCGCUGUGGGCGAACCGGAUCUCUGGCAUUAAGCGUCUCAUCGAGCAAUCGAGAGAGUGGCAAGCACCUGAAGAUGAUGCGCUUAUGGAGGAGUAA